AUGAAAUGCACCACCUUUCUCGUCGCUGCCAUCGCGUUGCUCGGUGUCGUCACUUCAGCCGACCAACCUGUCGUGAAAACGUCCGCGGAGGCGCUAGAGAAGGUCCAGGCAUCCGCUUUACCAGCUGGCGUCACACUGACCGGAACAACGGAGAAGAUCGACCCACCUGCUUCAGCUGCUGCGGUUGCCACCAAGGAAGCCGACGUCCGUGAGAGCAAGCAUGUUGGCAAGAACAACAUGGAUGAGAAAGAAGACGAUGACGACAAGAAGGAGUUCUUUGGUGGAGGCCUCGGUGCCUCGGCAUUCCUUUUGGCGGUCUUUAUUACUGCUAAGUUAUCGUCGAUCGCAGCUGCACGUCACAGGAACUUGCUCGUCACGCUGGAUGCUAAUCGUGCAGUCAAGUCGGGUCCGAGUACUUCGUGUCGCUACUUGUUGCAGCUGUUUCGUAGUUAG